AUGGAGGAAGACCCAAAAACACGACUUCUGCGCGAGCAGGCAGCAUUUUUCCGGCAGGGCGGAGUCUCUCUCUCGAAGGCCAAUGAAAUGGGAGUAGGAUUUCUAUACGACGAAGACGGAGGUCCAGGCAAUCAUGUAAAGGAAAGAGAGGAAGAAGAGGAGGAGCACCCUGAAGACGUGAUUCCGGACUUACCUGAGAAUCGGGCCGCUCGAGAAUUCUUAAGGAAAGCACCGAGGACAGGAUUGUACAUGCCACUCGGCAAGGAGGUCAAAGUCAUGCAAUGUUGGCGUUGCAAACAAUAUGGUCACAGGACAGGUGAUAGAGACUGCCCCUUCUUUUUGUCAGGCAAUUUGUCAUCCGAUGCGGCUCGCCAAGCACGCGAGGAUCCCAUGGCGGCGAUCAUGGGUCAGAAAAUGUUACAAGCGGAAGUAAAAAAUGCCCGGCGCGCCGAACUGGAGAGGCUUAUACAAGACAUUCGUCAGGAAGUGAAGGAAAAGAAGGCAAAGAAACGGGAAAAAAAGAGAAAGAAGGAGGAAAAAAGAAAAAAGAAGAGAGAAAAAAAAGAAGGCAAGGACAAGGAGGCGCGGGACCGGGACAGAAAGCAUCGCAAGCGGUCACGCGUUCACAGCCCACCCACAAAAAGGCGACGCAGGAGCAAAAGCAGGAGCAGCAGCAGGUGUAGUGGAGCGAGCCUCAAGAGCAGUCCCGAGGAGUAUGCGAAGACUGGCGAUACCAAUAACGACAAGCCCCCCCCCCCAAAAUUGCGACCAGACUCAUGA